UGCACUGUGGCAAGGCGAGUAAUUUAAUUCACUUUUGUUCGGUCUGAUUUUGGUGGUAUCAAUUCUUUUACAACAAAAUAGUAGCUUAUAAAUAUAAUUUUUCUAACAAAGAGCAGUUUUAGUUCUUAUAAAGUGCAGUAAAUUAAACGAAGUUUAGUGUUUCAAAAGAGCAGCAAUGGCACAACCUCAAAAGCCAGCGUAUCAAAAUAAAUUCAUAUAUGCCACCUUGCCACGCACCCAACGUGGCCAACCUAUUGUAUUGGGUGGCGAUCCUAAAGGUAAGAAUUUCCUCUACACUAAUGGAAAUUCGGUGAUUAUUAGAAAUAUUGAGAAUCCAGCCAUCGCUGAUGUCUACACGGAGCAUUCAUGCGCCGUCAAUGUGGCCAAAUAUUCGCCAAGUGGCUUCUACAUUGCAUCUGGCGACGCCUCCGGCAAAAUACGCAUUUGGGAUACCGUGAACAAGGAACACAUCCUGAAGUGUGAAUACCAACCAAUUGGCGGUCCUAUUAAGGACAUCGCCUGGUCGCAAGACAAUCAGCGUAUUGUUAUUGUCGGUGAGGGUCGUGAACGUUUCGGACAUGUUUUCAUGACUGAAACCGGCACUUCGGUCGGUGAAAUUAGCGGUCAAUCGAAACCGAUCAAUUCUUGCGAUUUUCGUCCAGCACGCCCCUUCCGUAUUGUUACCGGCAGCGAAGAUAACACCAUUGGCAUCUUCGAAGGUCCACCUUUUAAAUUCAAAAUGACCAAACAGGAGCAUUCGCGUUUCGUACAGGCUGUACGUUAUUCACCUAACGGUAAAUAUUUCGCUUCGGCCGGUUUCGAUGGCAAAGUCUUCCUGUACGAUGGCGCCACCUCCGAUUUGAUUGGUGAAUUCGGUAGUCCUGCACAUAAGGGUGGCGUCUAUGCUGUGGCAUGGAAACCCGAUAGCACACAAUUGCUUACCUGCUCCGGUGAUAAGACUUGCCGCUUGUGGAAUGUGGAAACACGCGAAUUGGUCACCGAGUUCGUAAUGGGUACCACCGUUGAUGAUCAACAAGUUUCUUGCCUAUGGCAAGGCGAACAUUUGCUCACCGUAUCGUUGUCGGGUAACAUUAGCUAUUUGAAUGUCGAGGACCCAUCGAAGCCACUGCGUGUGAUUAAGGGUCAUAAUAAGCCAAUCACUGUGCUCGGUUUGAGCGAUGAUCGCAGCACCAUCUAUACGGGCAGCCACGAUGGCGUGGUAACGAACUGGAACUCCGGUAGUGGUGUGAAUGACCGCAUUGGUGGCACCGGGCAUGGCAAUCAGAUCAACGGCAUUGUCGCCUGGGGCGAUUUCGUCUACACCUGCGGCAUCGAUGACAGUCUGCGCCAAAUAAGCGUUGAAAGCAACAGCUACACCGAUUACGUUGUCAAACUCAAUUGCCAACCACGCGGUUUAGCGAUUUUCCGCAACGAAAACAUAAUAGCACUCGCUUGCGUCAAAGAACUGACACUUGUACAGGACAAUAAAAAGGUCUUCUCACUACCAAUCAAAUAUGAGGCAAGCUCGAUUUCUGCCAACCCGGAAACAUUGGAUGUAGCAGUGACCGGCGAUGAUCACAAGGUGCAUGUGUACACGCUGAAGGGCACCACGUUGGAAGAGAAAAUCGAGCUGCAGCACUUGGGACCGGUAACCGAUUGCUCUUACUCGCCAGACAAUAAGUAUUUGGUUGCUUGCGAUGCGAAUCGCAAAGUCAUACUCUAUGCCGUCGAAGAGUAUAAUCUUGCGCACAACAAGGAAUGGGGCUUCCACAAUGCGCGUGUCAAUACAGUGGCUUGGUCACCAAAUUCACUUUUGGUUGCCAGUGGUUCGCUGGAUACUACCAUUAUUAUUUGGUCUGUAGCCAAUCCGGCCAAGCACACCAUCAUUAAAAAUGCUCAUCCUCAAUCACAAAUUACACGCUUAGUCUGGUUGGACAACAACACUGUGAUCUCUACUGGUCAAGAUUGCAAUACCAAAGUAUGGGAAGUUGAAACUAUUUAAGUUGAAAACUUAAAAUUAAGGAGGAGUGGAAAAACGCAACGACUACUUUAAUAGAUUAUGACUAACCACCACACUUUAGCCGCCGUUUGCUUUGUUUACUUUUAUAAUGUUUCUAAAAAGUAUAUACUUUAGCAGUAGCAAGUCGUUCAUCGGCUCCAAAGAUUUUUCUAUGCAUUUUUCUACACAAACGCAGCUUUGCUGAAUAGUACUACCGUCGUCGGUCCUCAAUAUGCCACCGGAAACACCAACAUGUAAUCAAACGCGCCCAUUUGCAACAACUAACUUAUCAGCUGCCAAAAAAAUGUAUUAUUAUUUCUGCCACCCCUAAUUAAGUUCUAUAGUGACAGUCUGUUUUUUAUUUUUUGU